AUGGCCAAGGAUGGCACAUGCGUCAUCUACAUUGACAAGACCUGCCACUCUGACCAUAUCCCCAACGGAGAAGGGCCGUAUCCCCGAGACCCUGACGGUUACGAAUGGCUCCCGGGCGACUGUUUCUGUGCCGAAGAGAUUGACCCAGUCGCCGAGGCGUUCAUCACUCCAGUCAUCGAGGGCCUGGCCAAGCUCGACGAGAUCAUCUGCGGUGUCUUCGUUCAGGCCGUCGUCGAGAGCAUCAACAUCGGUUUCGCCCUCGUCCCAGGCGCCGGCCAGGCCGCUGCCUCAGCACGGGCAGCGACGAAGGCAGCCGUCGAGGGCGCCAAAUCAUUCGCGGAGAACUCGCUGAACCCAACCGACUUCUUCGAUGGCUGGGUCAAGAAGAGCUGCGGCAUCGACAAGAUUGAGCUCGACUACGACAGCACCUUCAACUCGCUGGUCAACGCGCCCGAUUCAGUCGGAACCAGCACGGGUUGCAAGCGGAAGAAGAAGGGCGACUGUAAGACGCUCGAUUCAAAGCCGGACCCGAAGACAACCAAGAAGGAUGAUGCGCCGAAGACUACGAAGAUGGAAGAGCCUCCAACUACGACGACGAAGGAUGCCGGCACGACAACAACCGCUGGGCCAGAUGGAGGCCUUACGACCAGCGACAAGCCGCAAACUACAACGACCAGCACCAGCAGUGCGAGCCCCAGCGAGACGGCGGUUACCUGCGAUUCGUGCCGCUCGUCGAAGGCGAAGAACGCAGCGCGGGACGCCCGAUGGGGAUCCAUGUUUGUGUCGCGGGCGGCUGGCGACUCUUGCGUCCUGGACAGCCCCAAGAGCGAGAGUGGCUGCACCGCCUCCGGCCUCCAGGCCCGUGACGGCCUUCUAUCGGAGCGGGCCUUGACCAAGGACGAUCCGAAGGUUAAUGUUGCUGGCAUGACCUUCUUUAUUGAUUGUGGCAAACAUAAGCCGUGUGCGGACGCAAUUACGGACAGCAACAUCGACAAGUACUAUUACCUCGAGGGCGAUGCUAAAUGCGGCGGAGAUCUGAAGUUUGAUACUAAAAAAGACGUCGGUGAUACGAAGAAAUUCCAGAACGACCACGUGUACGAGAAACAGACGCUAGCCAGGUUCUUCGAGUGGCUCGGAGACGGAGAUUUGACUCCUAUCGGUAUGUCCAUGAAGCCACAGUCUUUCUGGGUCGCAGAAGUUUUCUUGGAUGAGAACAACCCUCGAAACCACAAGCUGCAAUCACGUAAUACACCCCUCGGCAUCCCCGCGGGAGGGGCGCCGCUUGAUGAUGUCCUUGCCUACGCCAUUGCACGAUCCGAUCCCCUAUCUGAGCGCAAUGGGGGCAUGCCGCUUGGCCAGACGACGAAGAACUUUGCUCUCGUAGAGGCAGAAGUCAACGAACACAAGGGGACCUUUUUCGGGGAAGGCCAGCCGACUGGUCUGACAAGUAGCCACCCAAGCGCGGCUAACCUGAACAGAAACUGGAUCAGAAGUCAUGCCGGCGUUUUCCACUACCUCAGAUACGCUCACACCCAGCCCAGCACCAAGGAGAACGUCUGGAACAAGUGGAUGCGCGUUUCCAACUGGAUAGACUUGGUCCUCAACGAGUUCGACCAGACCUACACCUGGGGAUCACAACCUGAUGAGCCAACCCGCACUGGCGGUGGCAAUCCAUCGCUGCGGUCCUUCUACGCCUACUGGAUCGACACGUAUCUCGGCGGCAUCGAAGGGAGAGCACAGAUCUGGGCUGUCGAAGCUCAGACAGAGUUUAAACUCAAGUAUGGCAGCGACAAUACCAACGCUGCAAAGCAGUGGGUGGAUAAGGCCUUCGGAACCAACGGCUUCGCGACACGAGCGAAGAUGGCGUUUCCCCGGCAGCCUGCUGGGGCUGCAUCUCCGUACGGGGCCUACGGGAACGCCGCCAUGACCUUGGACAGGGACGGCAACACGGUGGCGAACAUUGGCGCCCCGGCGCUCCUGUGA